AUCUCCUACACGGGGUGUGCCUCACAGGUCUUUGUUUAUUUCUUCUUGUUCACAGCAGAGUAUUGUCUCCUCACUGUCAUGGCCUAUGACCACUACAUUGCCAUCUGCAAACCCCUGCACUACGGGACCCUCCUGGGCAGCAGAGCUUGUGUCCACAUGGCAGCAGCUGCCUGGGGCAGUGGGUUCCUCAAUUCUCUUCUGCAUUCUGUUAAUACAUUUUCACUACCCCUUUGCCAUGGCAAUGCUCUGGACCAGUUCUUCUGUGAAAUACCUCACAUUCUCAAGCUCUCCUGCUUAAACUCCUACCUCAGGGAAGCUGGACUUAUUGUAGUUAGCGCCUGUUUAACAUUUGUCUGUUUUUUCUUCAUUGUGCUUUCCUAUGUGCAGAUCUUCAGGUCUGUGCUGAGGAUCCCCUCUGAGCAGGGACGGCACAAAGCCUUUUCCACGUGCCUCCCUCACCUGGCCGUGGUUGUCCUGUUUAUCAGCACUGCCAUGUUUGCCUACCUGAAGCCCCCCUCCACUUCCUCCCCAUCCCUGGAUCUGGUGGUGUCAUUUCUGUAUUCAGUUUUGCCUCCAGCAGUGAACCCCCUCAUCUACAGCAUGAGGAACCAGGAAGUCAAGGACUCACUGAAGAAGCUGAUUCAGUCCAUUAUCCCUCUGCAGAAAUAA